UGGAAAUGGCGGCGACAGGCUUGCUAUCUGCUUCGGCUGGAGGCUCGCCUUCCUCAACUCGACACUCGACGCUGUUAGGGCAGGUUCUCAUAAUUUUCACCUUCCGCGUAGGAGCACCACAUUGAGAAGCUCACUUACCUCUGACUACCUAGGCGCAUCCGUCACAGACUCGCCGACUUGGAAUCUCCAGAUCCAUCGUCCACCCUCCUCAGCAUCCCGUAUUUCGCUUGACUUGAAGCAACGGAACAUCACAUCACUACGAGUACAUGUACCUACCAGUAUACCCUUCAUCGGCAUCCUCCUCGACCACACCGGCGCCGUUACCGUCCUGACGGCGCUCAUCACUGCCAAAGGUUCGCCGAUAGACACAAUGGCAGAUUGCGGAGCCGGUGCCAUCUCUGCUGCUUCGACGUUCGCACCGCCGACCAUGAUACACUUUCCUACCAACAGUGGAUCCAGGAGUCAGGGCCUCUUUGCGACCUUGGAGAGGCUGCAGUCCCACUCCAGCCGGAGCAUGGAAUCGAUGAAAGAGAAACAGGCCAAACCCGUGCCGCGUGUGAAGUCGCCGCAAGGUGUGCGGACGUCGAGGGCAUCGACCGAGUCCCGGGGGCCCUUUUCUUCCAAAGAGGACCUAGAUAUCGACGUUGACGAUGUAGAGGACCUGGAGCUGCCACCGAAUGUCUUGGCGGGUGAUUGGGAUUCUUCGGCACAGCCAUCUUCUGGUUCUGAGCAGCAGCACCCUCGGCGCCGUGCCAGCAAGAAGCCAAAGAAGAGGGCGGCGAGGAAGGAGCAGAAGAAGAGAGGGUUUCGGGCUAGACUUCGACGGUUUCUUGGUCGGGAUGGGGACAAGAGCAGGGGUGGUCACGAGUCACCAUACAGCCACAGGCAGACGACACAAAACAUGCAGAGCGAGGAGUCAGGGCUGUCUGAUCUGCAAGAUGCCAUGGCAGAGCAGGAUCCUCAACCAGCCAAGGCUGACCUGUCUUCACCGAAGGGGAGUACGCCUCAAUCCAGCUGCCGCAACAUUCUCAGAGACGCCCUCGCACAACAUCGAGUCGAGGAAAAGGAGGAGCCGACCGAUAAACCGAAGGAAGCUGGCCAAUCCACGGAAAAUGGAGAUACGACGAAGCAAUGAGCGGCUUUCGGUCAAUAGCUCAACACGCCUUGAUAACGGAGAUUGGUAAAUAGCAGUACGGAGCUGUUGGGCGCAUUUGCGACAAUGCCCGUAAAGAAGCUCCAAGGUCCUGUCGGUCUGCUCCCGGUGUGGAUGAAUAGCGUAAGUUGGUACAUCUUCGUAUAGAUGAUUCCUUCUGGUGGACCUCAUUCCAAUCCUAA